UUAUAUGACCUUUUAAGUUCUGUCCCCUAGUUCUUAUGAGCUUCUUCUGAUCAGCAAAAGUGGAGGCAAAUGAAGUAUGGAGGCCCUGGUAUAAAAGGAAGAAAAAUUAAGUGAAAUCAAUAGGUAGAAGUAGAAGACUGACAAGCUGAUCUGUGGGUCUGGGCAUAGUACCUUCCUAUUAGCAUUGCAAAUCAUAGUUUUCUGAGAGGUACAGGUUGACAGAUCCAGGGACAUUUGUUAAAAACAAUCAGGACUGUGAGAACCAAGUGGCAAUGAAGAAGAAAAUGUGUAAGAUGCAGUGGUAAUGGGGCCAUAAAUUUCCUCGUCUCCUAAAGGCGUAAAACUCACAGUCUUAGAAUUAUCUGCACAUGUAUUUAUUUAUUUAGGCAAUUUAUGUACUGCUUCAUAGAUCGAGGGAAUCUCUUAAGUGGUUUACAAAAUUUGUAAAAAUGACCACAAAUGAAAAAUACAAUACAAAACCCAUAUUUUAAAGAAGCACAGAGGAGUUAGAUAAGAUCCUUUUAAGCAUCAGUAUAAACUAAAACUAUUAACAUCAUGAUCUUGACAGCCCAAAAUACAGAAAUGCAGCAAAGACAACGAAAUUUUGCCACUUGAUUUGCAGAUCUGAAAAGGUUGAUCUAGCCACAUUUUUUGUUCUGACUUUUUUUCAAAUAGUUCACAGUGAUGUAAGCAGUACUUUUCUCUUUAGAACAAUCCUGGAAGAUUGGUUAGGCUGAGAGAAAGUGACUGGCUGAAAUAUAUCCAAGUGAAUCAGGCCUCUGGCCUACAGAAAACACAGGAGAACUUGAUGUGAUACGCUGGGAAUAAGGAACAGUGUCUAAAACGAAUGUGUCAUUUAUGUCUAAUUAAUAUAUGCAUACAGGCCCUGCUGCCGUGCAUUUCCGCCGGUAAGCGCAAAUCAAGACAGCCAAAAACAUAAGGCACUUAUAAAGAAGGAAACAACCCCAGAGUAUGGCCUGGAGGCAAAUGAGGCCAGCAGCUUGCGGAAGCUAAUAAUGUCUGGGUCUGCCUGGAUGUGCGAUUGCCUGGAAGCCACAUGUAUGCUAUCUUGGGUCCCAUGACCAAAGAACGGAGGGAUAAGAGUGCAAAAAAAAGAAGAUAAAGUAAGUUUUCUUAGGGAAACAAUUGUCAGUCUGUAGGAUGCAGGGAGAUUGAGGCCCAAAGAGCAAGAAGCAGGCUGCAAAGUUUUAAACGGGCCCGUGUUUAGGAUAAAGGGUAAGUAGACAAGCAUCUGGGAAGGCUGGAGUGAGCUGGCUGCCGAGGUGAGCAUCAUUCGCUGAUGUCCUAUUACUCCUACUGAGGCACCGACUUAGAUUUUAUAGGGCCUAGUGGGUUCUGAUUGGCUUCUGUGGGUCAGCUGACAGUAUCCAGGCCACUAGAGGAGCCUGGAAGGUAACCUUGGUCCACGGAGUUUAGUUGUCUGGCCUGCUGAGAAUUCAGGAUGCUGUUUGUGGAGGAAGACCUGGGGUGUUUUCCAGAAAGGGAGCUGCAUCCAUGUGGCCAACAAGAGCCUUUGUGACAUUAGAGAAGAUCCUGCAUCAAGAGAAAGAUCAAUAGACUUUGCAAAGAAGAAGGAACAUUGUGAAGGAAAGGGGUAGUGGGAACACAGCAUGGCAGGGGCCAAGCGAAAAGGAAAAAAUGCCAUCUGGAGAAAGAUCCAUGCACUUCGCUACGAAGACUUCAAACUGUGGUGUGUAAGGAGGCUCCCUGUUCUGGAGUGGGCGCCAAACUACAACUGGAAAGCAGACCUGCUUCCUGACACAAUUUCUGGGAUGAUGCUGGCCGUUCAGCAGGUGACUCAAGGGCUUGCCUUUGCUGUUCUCUCUUCAGUGCAUCCUGUGUUUGGCUUAUACGGAUCUCUCUUCCCUGUUAUUAUUUAUGCCAUAUUUGGAAUGGGACGCCACGUUGCCACAGGAACCUUUGCUUUGACCUCCUUGAUAUCAGCAAAUGCUGUCGAGCGUCUUGUUCCUCCCAUGAGCAGCAACUUCACAGCAAACAAUAACUCCACGGUCUUGGGAUUAUCUGAGUUUGAGAUGCAGAGGAUUGGAGUUGCUGCAGCAGUUUCAUUAUUAGGAGGACUCAUUCAAGUAGCAAUGUUUGUGCUACACUUGGGCAGUGCCACCUUCUUGCUCACGGAGCCUGUGAUAAGCGCAAUGACGACGGGAGCAGCUACGCACGUCGUGACUUCACAAGUCAAGUACCUCUUGGGAAUGAAAAUGCCGUAUAUAUCGGGACCCCUGGGAUUCUUUUAUAUUUAUGCCUACAUCUUUGAAAACAUCAAGUCCAUUCAGUUGGAAGCUUUGCUGCUCUCUGUGCUGAGCAUUGUGAUUCUCGUUCUUGUUAAAGAACUGAACGAAAAGUUUAAAGGGAAAAUCAAGGUGGUUCUUCCUAUUGAUUUGGUUUUGAUAGUUGCUACCUCUGCUGCCUGCUACUAUGCUGAUAUGAAGCACAGCUAUGGCAUGGAAGUUGUGGGACAUAUUCCAGAAGGCAUACCACUGCCAAGGUCUCCACCCAUGAAUAUCCUCCCUGAAGUCAUCACAGAGGCAUUUGGAGUGGCAUUGGUUGGUUAUGUAGCUUCACUAGCCCUCGCCCAGGCCUCUGCUAAGAAGUUCAACUACUCUGUGGAUGAUAACCAGGAGUUCUUGGCUCACGGCCUCAGCAACGUGAUCCCAUCCUUUUUCUUCUGCAUACCCAGCGCAGCAGCCAUGGGCCGUACUGCUCUCCUAUUCAGCACUGGAGCAAAAACACAGGUGGCUUGCCUAAUAUCUUGCAUAUUGGUGCUUGUGGUCAUCUAUGCAGUAGGACCAAUGCUAUACUGGUUGCCCAUGUGCGUUCUAGCAAGUAUCAUUGUGGUGGGGCUGAAGGGGAUGCUGGUGCAGUUCCGUGACUUAAAAAAGUAUUGGAAUGUGGAUAAAAUAGACUGGAGUAUAUGGGUUAGCACGUACAUAUUUACAAUUUGUUUUGCUGCUAAUGUGGGAUUGCUGUACGGCGUAGUCUGCACAAUACUUAUAGUGGUUUUCCGUUUCCCAAGAGCAACGACUCUGAGCCUGAAACACAUGAAAGAAGUGGAAUGCAGAUUCAAAACAGAAGCAGAUUCUGAGUCCUUACAAGCAGUAAAAAUUGUCUCGGUGAAUAACCCACUUGUCUUUCUGAACGCUAAGAAGUUUCACAUGGACAUACUAAAAAUAAUCCAGAAGGAAAGCACGUGUGCACAGCAGCUACCUGAAGAUAUGAACAAGUAUGAACAGAACACAUUGCUCAGCCCAUUAUCCAAUGGAAAUUGCCAUGGUGAAUCAUCAUUACAGCAAUGGCCCAGCGAAAGGCAUUCCCUAAUACUUGACUGCAGUGGCCUGACUUUCUUUGACUACACUGGCAUCUCUGUGCUUACUCAGAUCUACACGGAAUCUAAAAAAAGAAACAUUGAUGUUUUGCUGGCAAAUUGCAAAGCUUCCUUGAUAAAGGCGUUGAAGCUCAGCGGAAAGCUGGAAUCCGAGAAUGCCAUCUUCUUUGAAUCGGUGUCAUCAGCUGUUGGUGCCAUUCAGUUGAACAAGAAUUUCUGCAAGCUUAAUGAACACACUGAGGUCUGAAGCUGACCUGAUAUAGAUAUAUUGAACCGCUUACCUACAGAAAGAACUUUGCUGGUGUUUCAUCAGAUCUUCAAACAUGGGAUUUUGAUGGUGAUAAUUGUAUGCCAAGUCUAUUUAACAAAUCCAACAUCAACAGUGUUUACUGUCAAAACGUUCCUGGAGGUAUCUCUUUGAGUUACCAGCAAUGACAGUUUUUUUAAAAAAAUAAAAAAUAAAAUUGUUAUUUGAUUGCUACAUAUUUUUGUAUGCAUUUAGAUAAAUAAUAAUAAUUAGAAAGCAAUUUAGGACAUUUCAUUAGUUUAUAUUGUUUUUAACUCUGUCCUAUUGUAACUUAGUUGUAUCAUUUUGUGCACAAGAGACUACAACCUUACUGAAUUUUGUACUGCA